AUGCUCUCAGCCUGUGCCGUCGCCGUGCGUGCGGGCGCCCGCCGUAGCGUCCGCCGUCUGCCCCGGUCUCGCGCCGCGGCCGUACCCCCUGCUCUCCGCCGUGCGAGGCCGUUCUCGACGACCGCCAUCCGUCCCACCGAUCUCACCACGCGGGGCAUGAUCGUGCAGACCCUGUCGUCUGUAGGAUCGAAGCGCGAGGUCCAGCAGUACCUCUCGCUCUUCACAUCCGUCUCCUCGCAACGUUUCGCCGUGAUUAAGGUCGGCGGCGCCAUUCUUACCGAUUACCUCGACGAGCUCUGCUCCAGCUUGGCGUUCCUUUAUACCGUCGGCCUCUAUCCCGUCAUCGUCCAUGGAGCCGGCCCGCAGCUCAACACCCUGCUCGAGCAGGCCGGGGUUGAACCACAAUUCGAGGAGGGAAUUCGGGUGACAGACGCCAAGACACUACGGGUAGCCCGCGACCUGUUCCUCCAGGAGAAUCUCAACCUGGUCAACAAGCUGGAGGAGAAGGGCGUGCACGCCCAGCCGUUGACUACUGGCAUGUUCCGGGCCGACUAUCUGAACAAGGAGAAGUGGGGUUUGGUGGGAAAGAUCACGGGUGUCAACAAGCAGCCCAUCGAGACGGCCAUUAACAAUGGUUAUCUCCCCAUUCUUACCUCUAUGGCCGAGACCGACGACGGCCAGAUCCUUAACGUCAAUGCCGAUGUGGCAGCUGCCGAGCUGGCGCGCGCCCUGGAGCCCCUCAAGGUGGUCUAUUUGUCUGAAAAGGGCGGGCUGUUCGAUGCGGGUGGUCAGAAGAUCUCGGCCAUUAACCUCGACGAGGAGUUCGAGCACCUGAUGUCGCAACCGUGGGUAAAAUACGGCACCCGCUUGAAGAUCAAGGAAAUCAAGGAGCUGCUCGACACCCUCCCGCGCGCUACAAGCGUUGCCAUCAUCCACCCCGGCGAGCUCCAGAAGGAGCUGUUUACCGACUCCGGUGCCGGUACUCUCAUUCGCCGUGGCAGCAAGCUCGUCUCCGCCACCAGCCUGUCUGAGUUCAAGGAUCUCAAUGCCCUCAAGGAGGUGCUCAUUCGCGACCGGGAAGGCCCCGAUGCCAAGGCGACCGUCGACAAGUACCUCGAGUUCCUCGGUGAGAACGACUUCAAGGCGUACUACGAUGGCCCUAUGAAUGCCCUCGCGGUAGUCCUUCCUGCAAAGGACGGCCGUCAGGCCACUUUGGCUACCUUGACCAUCACCAAGUCUGGGUGGCUGACCAACGUUGCCGACAACAUCUUCACUGUCCUCCGCAAGGAGCACCCUCAGCUUGUGUGGACCGUCCGCGAAGACGACGAGAAUCUUGCCUGGUUCUUUGACAAGGCCGAUGGCAGCAUCACUCGGGAUGGCAGCGUGAUGUUCUGGUACGGAAUUGAGAAUGGGGAGGAGGUUGUUCAGUUGAUGAAGGACUUCACCCAAAACGGCCGUGCCAUGCUUGGUGACUCCAACCUCGAGUCCCGUCUUCACCGCGCCGCUGCCAACGUCUCCCGGCCCGCUUCCCAACAGCCGCCGCAGGCCCAGCAGGCGCGCGGUUACUCGACCUUCGCCCGCCGUCCCAUCCUCCCUACUCCGGUCUUCAACCAGCCCGCCAGCCGGAGGACAUACGUGACCCAGACCAACCCCAACCCCCCAAUCGGCAAGAAGAACGCCUCCAAGUCCCAGCCGGCUCGCGUGGCGCUCAUCGGCGCUCGCGGCUUUACUGGGCAGGAGUUGAUCCGCCUGCUCGACCUGCACCCGAACAUGGACCUUCGUCACGUUUCGUCGCGUGAACUCGCGGGUACCAAGCUCGACGGGUACAACAAGCGGGAUGUCAUCUACGAGAACCUUAGCCCCGAGGACGUCAAGGAUAUGGAGUGCCGUGGUGACAUCGAUUGCUGGGUCAUGGCCCUCCCCAACGGCGUGUGCAAGCCGUUCGUCGAGGCCGUCUACGAAGGCCGCAAGGGCUCCGACCACAAGAGCGUCAUCGUCGAUCUCUCCGCCGACUACCGUUUCGACAACAGCUGGACCUACGGCCUCCCCGAGCUCGUCCCCCGCUCCGACCUCACCCAGGCCACCCAGAUCGCCAACCCUGGCUGCUAUGCCACCGCGGCACAGCUCGGCAUCGCGCCCCUAGUCCCCCACCUCGGCGGCAUGCCCCACGUCUUCGGCGUGUCGGGCUACUCGGGCGCGGGCACCAAGCCAUCUCCCAAGAACGACGUCGGCCUCCUGACCGACAACAUCAUCCCGUACAGCCUGACGGGCCACAUCCACGAGCGCGAGGUCAGCGCGCAGCUCGGCGCGCAGGUGGCCUUCGUCCCGCACGUGGCCGUCUGGUUCCGCGGCAUCCACCACACCAUCUCGAUCCCGCUCAGCAAGACUAUGACGUCGCGCGACAUCCGCCAGAUCUACCAGGACCGGUACGCCGGCGAGAAGUUGGUCAAGGUGGUGGGCGAGGCACCGCUGGUCAAGAACAUCAGUGGCAAGCACGGCGUGGAGAUUGGCGGGUUUGAAGUGGACAAGUCGGGCAAGCGGGUUGUGGUGUGUGCUACUAUCGAUAACCUGCUCAAGGGUGCUGCGACGCAAUGUUUGCAAAACAUGAACCUCGCCCUGGGCUAUGCCGAGUACGAGGGUAUCCCCGUUAUGUAA